UCUCAUUCUCACCAAAAGCUUUUGCGUAUAAAAGAAAGGCGACGAAGAACGCAAUCGAAGACAAGAUGCACGGAACACCAGAAGAAGAGACGGUGCAGAGGAUCGGAUGCGUAUCCGUGGACCCAUUCGGGUUAAUGGAAGUACUCGACUUUUACUUUCCUGAACAGCUCUUCACCGUCGAGAAAACCUGGAACAAUCUCGCUUCCUCUCUUUUUUCAUUCUUUUCUUCACUGGUGGGACAAAACCUUGUUUCUCAGGUGAAAAGUGGUUAUGGAAACAAUACCUUGUCGCUUGACUUUCAGCAGUUCCAACAGAUUUAUCAUGAUGAGGAAUUUUAUAAAAUGUUAGAGGAGAAACCUAAAAUUGCUCUCACAUGCAUGAAUGCUGCUGUACAUAAGGUUUUGCUUUCCAACUGGGAGAAUCACAAUCUGGUGCUUGGUGCAAAGGUUGAUGUUCGUCUUCAUAACUGUCCUAAAACUAUGAUUGCGCUGAAGAACUUAAAAGCAGCUUACAUUGACAAACUGGUCUCAGUUCGUGGUACUGCUGUGAAAGUCAGCACUGUCAGGCCGCUGGUGGUGCAAAUGUUUUUUGAAUGCUGUAAAUGUAGACAAACAAUUUCACGCAUAUUUCCCGAUGGAAAGUAUUCUCCACCAUCAACUUGCAAUUUGAACGGCUGCAAGAGCAAAAUCUUUAAUCCGUUGCGGUCUACUGCUCAAACCAUUGAUUUCCAAAAAAUAAGAGUUCAAGAGUUAUUAAAACAUGAAGACCAUGAAGAAGGACGGGUACCUCGAACAGUGGAAUGCGAGCUUAGCCAAGAUCUUGUUGAUGCAUGCAUACCUGGAGAUGUGGUUACUGUUACUGGAAUUAUAAGAGGAAUUAACAAUUACAUGGAUAUUGGAGGAGGGAAGUCAAAGAACAGAAACCAAGGAUUUUACUAUCUGUAUCUUGAAGCUGUAUCCAUAAAAAAUUCAAAGUCACAGUCCACAUCUCAGGAUCUGCAGGACUCUAAUGCCAAAACUAGGCCAGCUGAGCUGUUUGAUUUGUUUUCAUUUUCUUCAAAGGAUUUAGAAUUUGUUGCAAAGUUUAAACGGGAACACGGUUCAGAUUUAUUUCGCCAAAUCCUUCAAUCUAUAUGCCCAUCCAUCUAUGGGCAUGAGCUUGUUAAAGCUGGUAUAACUCUGUCAUUAUUUGGUGGUGUGCGGAAGCAUUCUAUGGAUCAGAACAAGGUUCCUGUGAGGGGAGAUAUUCAUGUCAUAAUUGUUGGUGAUCCUGGUCUAGGUAAGAGCCAGUUGCUACAAGCUGCUGCAGCAGUUUCUCCGCGUGGCAUCUAUGUCUGUGGUAAUGCCACAACAAAAGCUGGCCUCACAGUAGCUGUAGUGAAGGAUCCUAUGACAAGUGACUAUGCUUUUGAAGCAGGUGCUAUGGUGUUGGCUGACAGUGGAUUGUGCUGUAUUGAUGAGUUUGAUAAAAUGUCUUCAGAGCAUCAGGCUUUACUGGAAGCGAUGGAGCAACAGUGUGUAUCUAUCGCAAAGGCGGGGUUAGUAGCAAGUUUAUCAUCCAGGACUUCUGUCUUAGCUGCUGCAAAUCCCGCUGGUGGUCAUUAUAACCGAGCAAAAACUGUAAAUGAAAAUUUGAAAAUAAGUGCUGCUCUCCUGUCUCGUUUUGAUUUAAUUUUCAUACUGCUGGACAAACCCGAUGAACUUCUGGACAAGCGACUCUCGGACCACAUUAUGGCACUUCAUGGUGGGAAUGGACAACUUUCACCAGCACUGAAAAAGCGACGUGGAGAUACAUCUGAUUCCAGAGCUACUGUAUCACAGAAUGCGGAACCUGUAGGAGACUUGGAUGUUAGAUCUAGAUCUGGAUCUUUAAUUUCAAGAUUGAGACUUGACCCACUAAGAGACGGUGAUUUUAUUCCAUUACCUGGUCAACUUCUUCGCAAAUACAUUGCUUAUGCGAGGAGUUAUGUCUUUCCCAGUUCCAUUUGGACCAAAUCUUGUUCAAAUAAUGCAAGACUUUUUCUCACUUUCAAAUCAAGAUUCGUGUCCAAUCAAGUUGACGACUGUAGUGAAAGACGAAGGAGCAUGGAGAACCACAUUAUUCUGCCUCUCGAAUUGAUCAAAGAAGUUCUGCCUUUGCUGGUGAAAUCCUUUUUGCAAUUCCUGUUGUUCCUUUGCCUCCUGUACGAUCUUGAUUUUCUCUACAUGCUGGUUUGUGAAGAUUAAAUUUUGCCUGUUUGGAGAGGUUCAAAGACGUAUGUUGUUCAAGUUUUGCGCACCCAGUUUUGACUUGUAGUUGCAACUUUGAUUAUCAGUUGGAUCAGUAUUAACUGGUUGGUUCCUUGCUGGAAACUUAGUUUAGAUGUACUUUUGGUUUUUGUGAUACUUCAGUUGUUCAAGGUGCCUUGUAACCGUUUGGGGAGUUUUGUACACUAAAUGUUUGGUGUUUUGAUUCAUAUUGAUUUUGGAAGCAUCUCGGUUGAUAUCAUUACCCCACACUUAUCUCUACUACAGUGCACGGACAAGUGAAUCAAGAAAUUGUACAUGCCACUGUUUUGGUUCCAUUGGUUGCAAUUAAGUUUCUAAUUCCCAAUGGAUCCAAAUGGUAGAGUCCUUGCUGAACCAUUUCUCAAUAUGGCGGAAAAGUUGUCUUUGAAGACUUAGGCUGCUAUGGUUUAUUGGUUUGUCCUGUUGUAAGCUUCUGCUAUGGAUUGUUAAGCAGGGGGAUUUUUUGUUUUCUAGUGCCUGUAGGGUAGUUAAGCAUUUAUCUUGUUUGCUUC